UGAUUUUAUUUUUUAGAGGAGGAUGUUAAAAGGCUGAACUCUGAACCAGUCCACUGUAAAAACCUGUAUCUGCUGUGGGUCAGUAGAAAUCCUGUUUCUCGUCUCUUUGAUCACAGUAAAAGUGACGUUGAUGAGCCUGACACGACCAGCGCAACACAAAGGAACACACACUCCGCUGUCGCAUUAACACCAAGACCAGCGUCUGAGGUUUCUCCUACGUUAAACAGACAUCUGGAGAAAGUACAGUUUCAUCAUAUCCUGUCAUAAAAAUUUCAUCACAUCCAUCAUAUUAAAGGCUUCAAAAAGAGAGUUGAUGAAACUCUCAGACAGACUGAGUGAAAUAAUAACGGUCGAUGCAACCGUCUGUGUGUUGACAGUAAGUGGGUCGUUGUCUCUGUCAGAGCAGAUGAGACGCCUUCAUCAAACAUGCUCUUCUGAACUGUACAUUAAAGAAAGCAGUCAUGUUCUGCUGAUUCUCCAUUUGUCCUGCAAAAGGCCCACACUCUUUUCUAAAUGCUGCACGAAGAACUGGACUUAGUGAAGUUUCAUCUCUGAUCUGAGAGGCUCCUUCAGCUCUGACUCCCAGACAUUAAACCUCUUGUGGGGACCCCCCACCAGGCAGUUAGAGCUGGAGAAGAGAGGCCUUCAAGAACCUCAAGAAAGUCCAGAGAGAAUCUUCACAGACGAGCUGACACUCAUUCAAAACAUGUCAAUCCAAUGGACAACUGUCGACAUCAAAGUACGUCCACAUUCUGGAGAGACAGAGCUUUUUACUGAAGACGAUAUAUCUGUAUAUCACUACCAGACUCCACACAGAGACCUGGUUCAGCAUCUGGUCCCUCUGCUCUCCUUCAGUAACACUGACGUAAAGACACAGUUGUUCUGGGACAAUCCUCGUGAAAAUCGUGAUUCCCAGAACACUGUGUGAAACUGAAAUGAAGUACAUCUACUCCAUUUCUAUUUCUAAUACCUUAUCCUCCUGCUCGGCUGUAUUUCAGAGGAAAACAUUCCCAGAUGUGUUGAUUCCAGUUUGUUGUGAAGGGUCGCCCCCUGGUGGAUGUGUAAGGUGUUACUCAAAGGGACAUCAGUGUUGUCUCAGUCUAAGUUUAGCUCAUAAACCUGAACCUGGACUUACAUGUUUUCAGAGUCACUGUUAUAUAUACGCUGUUAGACAUCCCACACAGACACCAGCUGGAUCACAGGCCACUUUUACUGCCAUGUGUUAUAAUUGUGACUGACUGUGUUCAGCUGUCUGUACUUGACAUACUGAAGUGUGACUGUCAUCUGUGCAGGUGAAGCAGCUGCACUGGGACCUGCGACACUGACAGGCCGAUCUUUAUCACUGGAUCAGUUCAUUUUGAGUCUACAGGAUACAGAGGCAGCUAAUCUCCAGUGGUGAGCAGUGAGUGUUGAUAGUGCUGUGUGAGCCAAGUCAUCUGCUCCACUGUGUCCUUGAUGUCAGUCAUUCACCAGAGUUUUACAUGUAGUUUAUGGUCUCUGUGGAACGUUUCUAUAUGAAGCUUGAAUGAGGAUUAAGUUCAAAGAUGCACAAACACACCCACAUGGAAACACUGGGUUAUGAUGCUCUGUGAUGGGCAGCGCCCACUGAUACUAUAUAUUCUUUAGCUGUGGUGAUUAUGCAGCUUUCAAACAGUCCCAGAAAGCCUACAGCUUUUAAAAAUAAACAGACAUGGUUUGAUCAUGUCCUGAGCGUCAGUAUCAAGCCGAGUGUGGGACGUGUUUUUAGUGGUUGAACUUGUCCGGCUUGUUAAAACCCGCAGGCUUAAACAUUAAUAGUUAAUGACGGACUCACCACCCUGUGGUUGACCUCACAGCGACCUUUUCCAGCAGAAACACAACCGCUCAUUUGUACAGAAAUGACUGUGCUCUCUGUCCUCUCCACGGUCUGAUAAAAGCCCUGAGCUCUGAAAUAAGAGGUGGUGAACCGCCGACAGGAAACCCGUGUCUGAUGUGAACGACUUGUUAAGUGAGUCAGUGUGAGCAGGUGAUAGUUCACUGAGCUGAGCUGUUAGCACUGACAACAAACCAGCAACCUCAGCUUUUUUCAUCGGAAACUAAAAUGUUAACCACUGACCUCAGACCUGUUCUCCGAUGACUGACCCAGUUGAUUCUUUCUCCUCCCUGAUCUACAUUACAUUGCGGGUUCGUUCUUCAUGUUCAUAAACUUAUUUAAACAUCAGUUGAAGAGAUUUGUGUGUUUUUGUUGCAGAACCUGGAGAAAUAUUCACUGACUGAAACGUGCUGUGCUUCAGCUACUUUUUAAAGCCACUGUCUUCUUCUUCUCCACAUUUCAGAGCUAAAUAUUGUCACACUACAUUAGCUGCUAGUUUCCUUACAAAUUAAGGUUGAUGCACAUAAAAAAACAGCUUAUGAAAUAUGUUGUUUUGUUAUAAGUUCGACCACUGAACAGCUGGUAAAAACACAGCUGAAACAGCUGGUCAUUCAUUGAUUAGUCCGCUGUCAGAAAAUGUUCCAACGAUCAGAAAAUGAUCGGUAAUUUAAUAUGAAAAUAAUCAUCAGUUCCUGUUUUUCUCUGUAUCUGUGAACAGUGUCUGUCAGGUUCGCCUGUCUCUAACUCGCUGUGUGAAGAGAACUCAGUGAAGCUGCGUUUCAUUCCGUCCGUAAACAGAAACUCUCCCGGCCAGGAGCCACAACUGAGUCCAAAACCAAUAUUGUCCUUGUGGGCUGGGUGAGAGGAGCUCCCAGCCUCCUCUGAACAUCAGAGGAGCAGAUGAGGAGGUGUCCAGGGAGGCGUCGCCCUGUAAGACCUGAUCCAGGAGCAGCUUUGGCAGCACUGUAGCUGUUUUUUACACAUGGAUUCAAAGGAACAGUCUGGGGAACUUCUCUGUUCUGUCCCAGCGAGCAGAGUCAGAUUAAUAAUGAAGAGCCUGAUGCAUCAGUUAUUAAAUAUACAUCACAUGUUCCUUCACCAUCAGCCAUUUUUGACUCAGUCCCACACACCACGCUGCUGCCCCAAACCAGGAUUAAUCCGCCGCUGAAAAUAGUCCCCUGCAAAGUCUCCUGUUUGUCUGAUAAAGACUACACUGAGCUGCUGUUUCAGGAAAUGACAGGCUUCAAUAAAACAUGAAACGGUUUAUCUGUGAUCCUGUCUGCCGCCCACUCUGGGUCCAGCUCUGCCUCGUUAGAGGAAGCUUCUCUCCUCCACUGAGGGCUGCUCAUGAUGGGAACUGUUGAGUCUCUGUAAAUAAUAUUACAGGAGAUAACUUCUGUUAUGAUUCAACACUAUCUAAAUAAAACUGACGUCUUCAGGAGGAACCUGUGGGCCUGGAGCUGAGAGCCUCAGACAGGAAGGAAGUCAGAGGGUGACAGUCUGACUUCUGAGUUAGUCCGUCACCUGUUUAUUCUCCCUGCCCAGACUGGACAUUAACACAAAUCCUGCUAAAUAUUAGCUGAGUCCAGUCCAGAGCAACAAGAACCACCCAAAACCAACAAAGACUAAGUGAACUGACUUUAGUUGUACUUUACUUUUUCAGUUCAUCCAGAAAACACAAAGAAACAUGAGCAGAAUGACUUCACACUGUUUUCUUUGUGGGUGGUUUGAUAUCAGACUCCUCAGGAUCCACCUCUCUUUAGUUUUGAGCUUUGUGUUAUCUUCACUGUGUGUGGGACGUUUGACAGCUGAACAUUACGUCUUAUCUCAUGUGUAAGGUCACAGAGAGAAUCUGAAGAGUAGAAUGGGACUUAAAGUGUUUUAACUCAUACAGAAAUCAGGGGCUGCCCUUAGUAAUUCAGGGAUAAAACUACACACUUCAGUGGCACCAACCUCUGAGUCUCAUCUCUGAAGCUCAGUCUGAGGGAGAAAACUCUUUCUCCCAGACUCUUCAAAUCUCUCUGUGACACUAAACUCAUGAUGAGUUUCUUUUUGGGACUAAUCCUCUUCCCCUCAUUCCUCUCCCACAUCAGACUCAGACCUGGACACUGUCACAUGCUGCCAAAGCCCAGUCACAUGUUCUGCACCCAGAUCCUCCUUCACAGCAUCUGCUUCAGGUCCUCCUGUGAGGCGUUCGAGUGCCCCUUGGAAAAUAGUUCCUCAGUCCAAAUUUGUGGAAGUGAGGGGACGAGUGGAAGAUUUCCAGUUUCUAUUUCCAAUGUAGAGGUUGUUAGCAUUAUAAAUAAAGUUACCGUUGGCUGAGUAAAUACUUCAACAAAGGACUAUUUCUGCUAUUUAGAAUAACAUUAUUACAUUUCAUUAUUACACACUGGCUAAAAAAACGUAACCGCUGUGUAAAAAGAUAUUUCUAUAUUUGAUAUUUCUCUGGAGUAUAAAGCAGCAUAAAGUGGAAAUAUCUGGACUUAUAUGUACUUAGUUACUCUGCACCUCUGACAGUACUUCGUUACAUCCAUCCACUGGUUCAUUAGACCAGCCUUUGUUGUUGGUUUGAGUUUGUGAUUUUCAUCUAACUUUUAUUCGUCGAUGUUCAACUCAGUUGUUGGUAUUUUUAACGUUUAUUAUAAUGAAGCAGGCCACGCAACUUUUUCGAAAUGAGUCGGCCCUCCUCUCUCUGGAAUGUACCUCAGAUUUCCGACAGUCCCUGAAGGCGGCACAAACCACAAGCAUCAGCCCUCGUUACCGGACAGGAGAAGACCGCGCGGCACCGUCUGUGAAGACUCACACACCAGCCGGAGAGGAUCAAACACAGCGCUCACGUUCCCUGUGAGUCGGUCCCGCAGGUUUUAAAGAGACGAUGACUGAGGAGAGGAGUCAAGCCGUCCUGGCCGUGAUGUUUCUCCUCGCCGUGAGUUUGUCCGGCGGCGACUUCUCGGCCAGUUCAGACUGCAGCCCGCCGACGAACGGCCCGGAGCGUUUACUGUCGGCUGUGGUGGACGCACAGAGGGCGGAGCAGAGCCAGAGACAGCACCUGGAGGCUCUGUUCAACAGAUAUGGAGAAAACGGCACCAUCUCUCUGGCCGGGCUGAAGCGUCUGUUACAGAGCGUGGGGCUGGAUCGCAUCAGGACUGUUAUGGUGCAGCAUCACGAGCAGCCGGGCCACCAUGAUCACCCCCACCACCACCACCACGAAGGCCACCACCACCAUCACCACCACCUCCACGACAACGACGACUCGCAUCACCAGAAACACGUCCACGCCGAAACCUCGCAGCCCAGAAAGUUUCCAAAGGCCGCAGAGAAUCAGGAUGGCGUGCUGGGGAAGAAGACGGAGAACCCGGAGAGCCAUCACAACCUCUACGACAAGAAGACCACGGCGGCUCAGGAGGUCGGCACUACGGCGGCGUACGGCGCUCAGCUGCUGGUGAAACCAGACGAAGCUCAUAAGAAACAGGACGGCGGUUCUGCAGGGGAGCAACCCACCGGGGAGACUGCCGCCAGACUGGUCACUGAGAGCCAGACACAGGCAGCUGCAGUCAGCCGAGGGGACGACCACGAUCACGACCACGACCACGAUCACGAUCACGACCACAGUCACGGCCCUAUGAACCGCAGUCAGGAGAGUGUAGAGUGCCUGAACGCCUCCAGCAUCCUCUCCUCACAUGGGAUGUCUCAGGAGGUGGGUGUGACCCUCAGAGACUUCAGCUUCCUCUGCCCCGCCCUCCUCAACCAGAUCGACGCUGGAGUGUGCAUCCUGCACGGAGAGAGAGACCAUAAACACCAUAAUCAUGCUCACGGUCACCAUGGUGACCACAACCACUCUGACCAUGACCACGGCGAGCACACAGGUGGAGAGAGUGGCAAGAACAUCACAACAGCGUGGGUCGGCGGCUUCGUCUCCAUCACCAUCAUCAGCCUGCUCUCGCUCCUCGGCGUUGUCCUCAUCCCGCUCAUGAACAGGGUUUUCUUCAAGUUCCUCCUCAGCUUCCUGGUGGCGCUGGCUGUCGGCACGCUGAGCGGCGACGCCUUCCUUCACCUCAUCCCACACUCUCAGGGAGGCCACCAUCACCACCACGAGGAUUCUGGGAUGAGUGUGGGAGGACACGACGUCCACGGUGAACAAGGUGAAAACCUGGACGCCGUGUGGAAGGGCCUGACCGCUCUGGGUGGAGUCUACUUCAUGUUUCUCAUCGAACACUUCCUGACGCUGGGAAAAAUGUACAAGGACAAGAAACAAAAGAUCCAGAAGAAAUGGGAACAGAACGAUAAAGCCGAUCCAGAGAAGCAGCCUGCUCUGGAGGAGACCGACCUGAAGCCGCCUGAAGACGUGGAGACGAACGGUGCCGGUACGUUUGGCGACCACUCGAGCCGCGGCGUGGCGGAGGAGGAGCAGGUGAUGCUGGCGCCGCAGGUGUCCGUCGUCUCGCAGCAGAGUUAUGGCGGAGCGUCGGGCGCCGCCGCCGCCUACACGGACGAGGACUGUGAGAACAAAUGCCACUCCCACUUCCACGACACGGUGGGCCAGGCCGACAGCAUGCACCACCACCACCACGACUACCACCACAUCCUGCACCACCACCACUCCCAGAACCACCACCCACACAGCCACUCACACUCCUACUCAGAGCAGCACUUCCAGCAGGCCGGCGUGGCCACGCUCGCCUGGAUGGUCAUCAUGGGAGACGGACUGCACAACUUCAGCGACGGCCUGGCCAUCGGAGCUGCCUUCACAGAGGGUCUGUCCAGCGGCCUCAGCACGUCUGUGGCUGUUUUCUGUCACGAGCUGCCUCAUGAAUUAGGUGACUUUGCGGUGCUCCUGAAGGCCGGCAUGACGGUGCGCCAGGCCAUCCUUUAUAACGUGCUGUCGGCCAUGAUGGCGUACCUGGGCAUGGUGACGGGGAUCCUGAUCGGACAUUACGCAGAGAACAUCUCCAUGUGGAUAUUUGCGCUGACGGCCGGACUCUUCAUGUACGUGGCUCUGGUGGACAUGGUGCCUGAGAUGUUGCACAAUGACGCCGGGGACCACGGCUUCAGCCACUGGGGCUUCUUCCUGCUCCAGAACGCCGGCAUCCUGCUGGGCUUCUGCAUAAUGCUGCUGAUCGCCAUCUUUGAGCACAAAAUCCAGCUGGACCUGGGCUACUGAGGCCGAGGCGUUCAGGCCCGAGCUCCGUGUUCAUUCCAGCGUCUCCGUCAGAAGUGUAGUGUGUUUUUAUUUGUUGUUCUAGACAGACCGAGCUCAGUCGGCUCCAUUUAGUUCAUGUGUCCACCUUGUGUAAGAAGAGGCACCGUUUCAGACACAGGGAGUGAAUGUAAUGUAGGAAGUGGCCGUGUUGACCCCUCCCUCUGCUCUCGAAGCUGCAGCUGCAUGUUCAGGAGCUCAGGCGUCUGCAGCACACAAUAGGUGUAAGAUAUAGAUAGUGUUUUCAUUUUCUUAUUGGACUGCGAUUUAAAACCAGGAGCAGUUUCUCCCUGUCGACGAACUCCGAACCACCAAGUCCCCAGGUCUAACUCUACCGGACAGCACUUCAUCUUUACAACAGAUCCAACAGAGAGUGAAAGCAGCGUGAGCCCCCCUCUCCACCUUUUUUCUUUCUUGCCGUGACAUUUUUCCUCCAUCCUGUCACAUUGUUUAUCUGAUGUGUUGGAAGUGUUUCUGCUGCUGAGUCAAACCACAUCAGUGUUCCAGUAGGUUCCCAAAGUGCCAUAACAGACCCACUGUCAGUAACUGAGCUGGGUUUACAUUGUAAAGUUCCUCCUGUAGACGCUCUCACAGUCCGAUCUGUUUACUGUGAUGACAGAGCACAAACUGACCAAAUCCCAAACUCUCAGAGAGAAAAACACCAAAUACUCAGUAACUGUUACUGGCAGGUUGAUGGUUUCUGCUUCAGCUGUGAUUAGUUGGAGCCCGAUCUCAGUCCGAUAAUAAGAUGUUUAUAGGAGGGACUUAGAAAGUGUUACCCAGCACUGUUAAGUUCACCAAACCCAUCACGUCAUUUAAGGCCUGAAGCAGCCUAAAGACAAAUCCUAAACCUCAGUGAACAGUAAAGUGUGGAUCAGUAAAGUGACAGUUUGACUUCACAGGAGACAAACAGUGGGGAUGGUUUACAUGAGUUGUACUGUGCUGCUGUGCUGCCCUCAGCUGGUAUCAAACAUGCUACUGGUGCCAUAGAAACCUGCUGCAGGUCAGGUGGUUUGGAGGAUCAGAGGACAUGUUCGUCAGACUCCUCAGAGAUAUCUAAUGUGGUUAAACUGGGAAUCACUGCAGUGUUUUUUCAUGGGAGGUUUAUUUAGUAGCUGCAUCAGUAAGAAUCCGUCCGUUACCUGAAGCUGACUUCAGCCUGAUGAAGUUUCUAAUCAGCUGCUGCUGGAAGAAGGAUUACUGCAGUGUUUUCUUCUGACAGUAGAAAUGACUAAAAUGAAAUUAUGUUUAAGAAACAAACAAAAAAAAGGUGUGGAGGACGUGACGAGGCUUCAGGCUUGAAAAGACAUCAGUGUUAACCUUUAAAUAACACACAGCCGUUCACUGAGGGUGAAGUCAAACCUUUUUACUGGAACCUCCCUGUUCAAACAGUCUGUGUUCAGCUGUCAGACGUCAGGCUCUGAACAAGAACAAGACAAGCAACCAUCCAAAAAACUAAAUCACUAUAUCACUAGUCGGCCAUGACCUUUGACCUCUCAGUGAACUGUUGUGUGGUCUCUGACCUGUGAAGAGCUAAGAAGUUGAAAAGUGACUAAAAGGAGAAACUCAGCAGCUGUUGACUGUUCAGUGACUUUUUUUAAUGUAAUUUAUUUUAUUUUAUUGUUACAGUUGAGUUCAUCUCUGUUACCUGUUCAGUUUGAGUCUUUGAUGCCAUGAAUUAUCACAGCAGAAACACACAAACUACAAAUGUCCUGCAUGAGCUCAGUUUGAAUGCCUUUCUAUUUUCCUCUGUCACCGUGUUUUUAUUUUGAAGCUGCUCUGAUGUUUAGGUCAAAGGCUGUGAAAAAAGAUUUUCUGGCCUUUAUAAAAACCCAUUUAACUGCUACAGAACUGUGUAUAUUACAUGUACGAUAUUAUACUAUAUGUAUAUAUUUAUGUACAAUACUGUACAAGUAUGUGUGUGUUUGCUUCCAGUCGUUGACUCACUGCUGUCUGUUGUGAAGAAUGUGGAGCUGAGUUUGAGCUUGAUGAGGAGGAGGGAGGGGGGAAUCAUUCGUUCUUGUUUUAGUGUUAAUGAAGGGAUCUACAGCAGGUGGAUGAAACCAUCACAGUACAAUCAGCUCUGCAGGAAACACAGGUCAUGACGUUUGCUCUGUUUCAUUUUUCAGACUGCAGUUUGUGAAGUUGAUGCAAAAAAAAACAGGACGUCUGUGUUAGAGGGGGUUUGUGAUGAUGAGAAAGACAGUGAGUUCAGUACAAGGUUUAUCCCAAAGUGUUCUGUGUCAUCAGAUAAAACCAGAAACAUCUGGGAUAAACCGUGGUCUGUUUUAGCUGAUUCUGUUGAACUCUCAUCGUCACCGCUCUGUUUUUCUUUUUAAAAAAUACAUGAUCAUAUUUGUCAGUUUUUAUCAUCACCACUGUGGUGUGUAUAUUUCUACAUUUAAACACCACAGUCACACUAAGUGUGACUUCCAUCACUGAGCAUCUCUCCUCUAACAGGAAGAAAAGCCCUGAUGUUGCUGCAGAGCUGUUUCCACUGUGUUUCUGUUAUUGUGUCCACCUGUGUUGACUCACUGACUGCAGUGAACCUGAGGCAGCUUCGAUGUUGACUCACUGUGCUCUCUGACAUUCCUCAAUUCAAAUAAACUUGGUCACCAUCAA